AUGUGUGACACCAGCUGCUCUGCGGGCUGCCAGCCGGCCUGCUGUGUGCCCAGUUCCUGCCAGCUGGCCUGCCCUGCUGUCUGUUGCCCUGCCCUGGGCUGCCAAAACCCCUGUGGCGCUCCCCACGUGGCUCUGCUGUGCCGGCCAGCCUGCUGUGUGCCCGGUCCCUGCCAGGACACUUGUUCUGUGUCCAGCUCCUGCCAGGAUGUUUGCUGUGUGUCCAGCCCCUGCCAGGCAUCCUGCUGUGUGCCUCUGAGCUGCAAACAUGUCCUAUAUGUCCCCGUGUGCUACAAGCGCAUUGUGUAUGUGAUUCCCUCCUGCCAGCCUUCCACGUUCUGCCAGCCCUCCUGCCCUGCCCUGGUCUGCAGACCCAUCCCCUGA